UAACACUAACUAGGAUACCAAAUUAAAGAAAGCAUACUAAGCUUAGUGUGUGUUGAAUCGGCGACGAAGAUGUCGUCGUCGGCGACGGUGGUGCCGCUGGCGUACCAGGGGAACACGUCGGCGUCGGUGGCGGACUGGCUGAACAAGGGCGACAACGCGUGGCAGCUGGUGGCGGCGACGGUGGUGGGGCUGCAGAGCGUGCCGGGCUUGGUGGUGCUGUACGGCGGCGUGGUGAAGAAGAAGUGGGCGGUGAACUCGGCGUUCAUGGCGCUCUACGCCUUCGCCGCCGUGUGGAUCUGCUGGGUCACCUGGGCGUACAACAUGUCGUUCGGGGAGAAGCUCCUCCCGAUCUGGGGGAAGGCGCGGCCGGCGCUGGACCAGGGCCUCCUCGUCGGCCGCGCCGCGCUGCCGGCGACGGUCCACUACCGCGCCGACGGCAGCGUGGAGACGGCGGCGGUGGAGCCGCUGUACCCGAUGGCGACGGUGGUGUACUUCCAGUGCGUGUUCGCCGCCAUCACCCUCAUCCUCGUCGCCGGCUCCCUCCUCGGCCGCAUGAGCUUCCUCGCCUGGAUGAUCUUCGUCCCGCUCUGGCUCACCUUCUCCUACACCGUCGGCGCCUUCUCCCUCUGGGGCGGCGGCUUCCUCUUCCACUGGGGCGUCAUCGACUACUGCGGCGGCUACGUCAUCCACGUCUCCGCCGGCAUCGCCGGCUUCACCGCCGCCUACUGGGUGGGGCCAAGGGCACAGAAGGACAGGGAGAGGUUCCCGCCGAACAACAUACUGUUCACGCUGACGGGGGCAGGGUUACUAUGGAUGGGGUGGGCAGGGUUCAACGGCGGUGGUCCGUACGCCGCCAACUCCGUCGCCUCCAUGGCCGUCCUCAACACCAACAUCUGCACCGCCAUGAGCCUCAUCGUCUGGACAUGCCUCGACGUCAUCUUCUUCAAGAAGCCCUCCGUCGUCGGCGCCGUCCAGGGCAUGAUCACCGGCCUCGUCUGCAUCACCCCCGCUGCAGGGGUGGUGCAGGGGUGGGCGGCGCUGGUGAUGGGGGUGCUCGCCGGCAGCAUCCCGUGGUACACCAUGAUGAUCCUCCACAAGCGCUCCAAGAUCCUGCAGCGCGUCGACGACACCCUCGGCGUCUUCCACACCCACGGCGUCGCCGGCCUCCUCGGCGGCCUCCUCACCGGCCUCUUCGCCGAGCCCACCCUCUGCAACCUCUUCCUCCCCGUCGCCGACUCCCGGGGCGCCUUCUACGGCGGCGCCGGCGGCGCCCAGUUCGGCAAGCAGAUCGCCGGUGGCCUCUUCGUCGUCGCCUGGAACGUCGCCGUCACCUCCCUCAUCUGCCUCGCCAUCAACCUCCUCGUCCCGCUCCGCAUGCCCGACGACAAGCUCGAGGUCGGCGACGACGCCGUCCACGGCGAGGAGGCCUACGCGCUCUGGGGCGACGGCGAGAUGUACGACGUCACCAAGCACGGCUCCGACGCCGCCGUUGCGCCCGUCGUCGUAUGAUCGAUGACAUUGCAUGUGCUGUCACCUGAUGAAAACCUCAAGAAAUUCAUACACACAGAAAUUAAUACUACGUGUUUGCUUCUACUCGUUAAUUAUGAAAAUCUAUGUUCAAGUUUUACGUGUAUUUAACAGCGCGCGUGUGGAGUUUUUAGGUAUUGCACUUUGCAGAUUCAGGGGAGUCCGGUUCUGUAUUUUUGUUAGUUUGUAAAAAUACAUACGUAGUUUUGUAUCCUUACUUGAUCUGAAUGAACACAAGUGUAAUAUUGUAUUUUGUUAAUUAAGCUCCAUUUUUUCCAAAA